AUGGUCCUCCGCAAAGUCGCCGUCGUCGGUGCCACGGGCGAGCUCGGCGAGGUCGUCUAUGACGCCAUCGUCAAGGCCGGCACCUUCGAGGUCAGCGUCGUCCGCCGCGCCUCGUCGACCUCGACGCCCGCCCACGCCGAGGAGGUCUCCAUCAUCGAGGUCCCCGACGACUGGCCCGCCGACGUGCUCGAGGCGAAGCUGCGCGGCCAGGACGCCGUCGUCGUGCUCUCGCGCACCCGCGACGUCGCCCAGCACAACCGCCUCGCCACCGCCGCCGCCGCCGCCGGCGUGAAGCGCUUCAUCCCCGCCGACUACGGCAGCUGCGACUCGCGCAGCCAGCGCGCGCGCGAGGUCGUCCCGCUGUUCGACAAGAAGAACCAGGUCCGCGACCACCUCGUCCGGCUCGCCGCUUCGCACCCGGGCUUCAGCUGGUCGAGCAUCAUCUGCGGCCACUUCUUCGACUGGGGCCUGCGCCACGACUUCCUGCACUGCUUCGUCAAGACGCGCACGGCGCACAUCCUCGACAGCGGCGACCAGCCGUGCUCGCUGUCCACGCUCGGCCGUGUCGGUGAGGCUGUGGUCGCCAUCCUGCAGAAGGAGGAGGAGACCAAGAACAAGCUCCUCUUUAUCCAGAGCUUCUGUAUCACUCAGAACCAGCUGAUCAAGUCGCUGGAGAAGGCGACGGGGACCAAGUGGACGGUCGAGCAGUUCGACUCUGAAGAGUUCAUCAAGAAGCACAAAGCUCUCGCGGACGGGGGAGACCUCCAGGCGGUGGAAGAUCUGGUCUUUGCAUUGGGUGCCAUCGACGGCAACUGGGAGGUUAAACCAGAGUUUGCGAUGGAUCUACUUGGUCUGAAGAAUGAGGAUCUGGACUGUGUGGUUGCAUCAACAUUGAAGUCCAUGCAAUAG